AAAACAGGACGGACAGGAACCGGAAAUAUUACAGUCCUGUUUUCAUCUGAGUUGGUUGAGUCCGCGUACAUUUUUGGAGCGUAUGGAAGGAAAUCAGUGAAAAUGGGUUCUUUUGGUACAUCUGUCAGUUGAAGUUUAAUAUCUGUGCCUGAAGCCGGGGUGUUUCUCACUCCUGGCGUUUCUGCUGCUCCAGAGUAAAGUAAGAGAAGGAAGUUUGCCCCUUUCCUACUCUGACAAUGAAUCCAUCCAAUUUUUUUGGUAGUCAACAGGGUGCCUUUCAGGCCCCAAAUAAUGCGAACCGUAGCGGGAGUAUUUUUCAGUCCUUUGCACAGCAAAACACACUUAACACCCCACAGAACGUGAGCUUUGGACAGACAUCAACAUUUGGUCAAUCAUCCACAUUUAAUCAGCCACCAGCCUACAGCCAGACCACCGGACAGACUUCUGUGUUUGGACAGACCGCAGCAUUUGGUCAGACUCCUUCAUUUGGUCAGAGUGGAGGUCUGGUUCAGAGCGCUGGACAGACUCCAGCCUUUGGACAGACCUCUCAGACACAAGCCUCUACUACAGGGUUUGGUGCUCCAUCUUUUCCACAGUCAACUGGACAGACUCAGGGGUUGAUGUUUGGAGGGACCUCUGCGUUUGGAGGGAACCCCCCGUUUGGGCAAACAAGCGGAUUUGGUCAGCAGACACCUGGAUUUGGCCUCCAGACGGGGAUCUCACAGCCACAGGGAGCACCAGUCUCCUCUGGGGCCUCUGGUGGAGCUCAGCCCAUGAGCUUUGGCAUGCAGUCUGCCUUCUCACAACCCACAGCGGCACCCACUACCUCCUUGAAUGCGCAAAAUGUCCCGAAUGUUGCCCCGAAAAGUGGCUUUGGCAUAUCUGAAUUCAGCUUCAAACCAUCCAACGAGGCUGUCUUUAAGCCCAUCUUCAGUGCGAGCCCAGAGCCCACUAACUCUCAGACUUCCUCUGAACCCUUCGGGACCACCAAGUCUGCUCCAACCAGCAUGGACAGCAGUGGACCAGCAAGCACUGGGUUCUCUCUUCCUGCAGUCCAGAGUCUUCAGACAGGAGGGGGGCUGGGCUUCAGCUUUUCCCAGCCAGCCGCAGCGCCGUCCAUCGCUGGCCCGGCUGCAGGGGCCCCUCAGAGGGAGGCCCUCCCGGCCAGCACCAGCUCUGUGACGGGUCCACAGUUCACCUUCUCUCAGCCUGCGGUCCCAUCAAGCAGUAGCACCAGUGUGACCCAGUCGACAGCCGUGCCAAGCAGCCCAUCCUCCUUCACCUUCUCUGCCAAAGUGCUCCAGGGACAUGGGGAGUUGGAAAAGUUUUCCUUCGGAACAGCCAGACAGUCGGCUUUUGGCGACCCUAAGGUGAAGCCUGACGUCACGGCGGACUCUGAGAUGAGCCGCGGGAAUGAGGGACACUCGGGGGAAAGCACAUUUGGCAACUUCGGAAAGGGAACCAAGCGAAAGGAGGAGACCGACGACCUUACUGCUGCUCAAGGGAAGACCGCCAAGGUGGAGGUGGAUGUUCUAGGAUCAGCAGGUGCUUCAAGGCAGCCGUCAAAACGGCCUCUCCAGCGGAACCGAGCAUUAGCCGGAGGAGGGCUCUUUGGGAACGCCAUGCGUGGUGUUCUGAAGUCGUCUGUUAAUCCUGUCAAGAGGGAUCCUCCGAAAGAGGACGAUCAACCCCCAGAGUGGGGACAAACUCAGAGGCCUGACCCCCCUGCCCCCUUCCCCCAAACGGGCAGCAUAUCAGCUCCUCCACCUAGAUCCCAAGCUCCAACUCGGGAAGUUCUUGAAAAGGCAGAAGAAAUGGGUUCACUUGAGGCGUUGGAGCCGGAGGCUUCAACCCCUGAACCUGCGAAGCGUCGCCAACGGCAGGAGAGUUCAGACAGUCUAGGGGGGCUCUCUCCCUCUGACCUGACAGUCCUGCAGUGCAAGGGUGUCCCUCCCAAUUUAAACAGGAAAGAUGUCAUCGAAAAGCACUUCAACCGCUUUGGGAAAGUGCGCAGAGUGUUCUGCAGACCUCAGAAGAAUCUGGCCAUUGUGCACUUCCAGGACCAUGCAUCGGCAGCAAAAGCCAAGAAAAAGGGCAAAUCACUACAUGGAAAUGAUCUGACCUUAUUCUGGCAGCGAAAGAAGCAAAGUCCAGCAGGGAAGGACGCGGCGUCCUUGGAGAGCGAGGACGCUGCUGGGGACAACCCGUUCAGCGGGGGCUCCGCUUUUUCAGCCUCGCCGCUCAGAAGGCCGCUGCCAAGGUCAAGUGCUGUUGCUACAAGCAAAGGGUCUCCGCUGAAGAAGAGUGUGAUAGCCAAAUCUCUGUUUGAGAGUGAGCCACAGCAGGAACCUGCUUCUGAGGGCCAGAGCUCUGACCGGUCGGUGAGCAGCCUGCCUUCCUCGCUCUUGCCCCUCGUUGGCCAGCUGGCAGAGACAGCGGAGGAGAAAUACCGCCUCCUUGAGCAGAGAGACAAGCUCCUCCGACAAGGUCGCCCCAAGAGAACAGACCUGGAUAUGUCCAAGGUGUUUGUGGGGACGUGUCCCGACAUGUGUCCGGAGAAGGAGCGCCACAUGAGGGAGACCCGCAACCAGCUCAGCUCCUUUGAGGUGGAGCCAGAAACCGAGAAGGUGGACCACUGUGCAGCCAUCAAAGAGUACAGCAGGUCGUCGGCUGACCAGGAAGAACCUCUCCCCCAUGAGCUGCGACCACUUCCUGUUCUCAGCAUGACCAUGGACUACCUGGUGACGCAGAUCAUGGACCAGGGCGAGGGCAACUAUGGGGACUGGUACGACUUUGUGUGGAAUCGAACCAGAGGAAUUCGUAAGGACAUCACCCAGCAGCACCUGUGUGACCCGGAGACCGUGUCCCUGAUCGAGAAGUGCACGCGCUUCCACAUCCACUGUGCCCACCACCUCUGCCAGGAGCCCAUGAUGUCCUUCGAUGCCAAGAUCAACAACGAGAACAUGACCAAGUGCCUGCAGAGCCUGAAGGAGAUGUACCAGGACCUGGCCACGCGCAGUGUCUACUGCCCCCACGAGGCCGAGUUCCGCCAGUACAAUGUCCUGCUCAAGAUGAACGACGGAGACACCCUCCGAGAGGUGCAACAGUUCCGUGAGGAGGUGCGGAAUUCCCCAGAGGUGAAGUUUGCGGUGCAGGCCUUCUCAGCUCUCAACAGCAAUAACUUUGUCAGGUUCUUCAAGCUGGUGAAGCGUGCCUCGUAUUUGGCGAGCUGCUUAUUGCACAGAUAUUUCAGUCAGGUUAGAGGAGAGGCUUUGAGAGCCCUCAACGUGGCUUACACCAGUGGGUCACAGAGGCCCACAGCUUUCCCUAUCGAGAACCUGGUUAGAAUGUUGAUGUUCCGCAAUGUAGAUGAAGCUUCAAGCUUCAUCCAGCACUAUGGCCUUGCCAUGAACGAAAGUAUGGUGGAGCUCAGUCGCACAACCUAUCAGGAACCGGAGCUAUCGUGGCCUCAACGGAAGUCGCUGGACAUUGAGAAGAAGAGGACAGUGCUGAUUGGUCAGGUGGUGAAUGGCGGACCCCUGCCCAAUCCGCCCCAGCACACGCCCGUCUGCAGCUUCGACUCCCAGAACAAGUUCAGAGGGGAGGCCCUGGCAGCAGAGCCAGCGCCCUCUGGUGUUCGAGUUCCGCUCUUCAAGCUGGAGCAGAAGCCUGUUCUGGAGUCGGAGCCCAAGCCCCUGCUGAAGCCCAGGCAGCUGGUGGAGCCCCGGCCUCAGGUUUCGGAGGAGUCGGUCCAGCCUGACCGCGGUGACGCAGCGGGGCAGCCGAGCCAACCAGCGGCCCUGUCUGCACCAGCCCCGGACCUCCAAAGCCUCUUCCAGCCCAUAGAGCAGCCGCAGCCCGACAGGCCUCCAUCCCCACCCCCCAAGCCAGAGGUCAUCUACUCAGAUCUGGACAUCAUGGCGGAGGUGGAGUCGGUGGUGGAUGAAGUGCUGCUGGCUGAGGUGGCAGGGGUGGCCAACUCUGCGUCAGAGUAUGUCUCCUCAGCCCUCAGUGUGAGCGACGUCCAGUUGGAGGCGAUGAUGAGCGAGGUGGUGCAGGAGAUGCUGCGGGACGUCUCUGCGUCCGAGAUCAACGCUGAGAAGGAGCGCAUCGCCGAGGAGAAACGCAAGCUGGAGGAGGCCAGACGGAAGCAGGAGCACGAGGCUCUCCUGGACCGUUACAGCGCUGACCUCUGCCAUGAGAUCACAGAGGAAGUGCUUAUUGAGUGCGUGAAGGAGACCGCCACUUCAGAAAUUCAGUUGUCUCAGGAGGAGAAGGCGGCGUCUGUGGCCCGCAGCUCCCAGGCCGUGUGUGAGCUCCUGGUGGAGGAGACGCUGGAGCUGGAGCUCUGCAAGCUGGCACAGGAGAUCCUGGACGCCGAGCUGCAGCGCAUUCGCAAGUUCAUUAAGAAGUGGCGUGAUGUGGUGGCAGUGCGCCGGCAGCUGAAGAGGCAGAUGCGAGGUUUCCCAGCAGCCCCGUGCUGUGUGGACCCCCGCUUCAAGCUCAAGGCCCUGGCCCCCAGUGCUCCCCUCACCCCCUCUCUGGAGGGCCUGGCCAAGGGGCUGGUCCACCUGGGCAACGCCGGGAACAUGGCAGUGUCCUGCACAAGGCUGCUGAAGUUUAGGAGGGAGGCCCUUCACCAGAUGAGGGUGCACUUCUUCUACAGUCAGCUCCUCAGCGAAUGUGUCUGGACUCCUCUGGACUUGCCCACGCUGGUGGCCGGGAACAUCCCAAACCCACCGGACAGAAUAUUCUGGAAGGCCAUGCUGAUGCUGCCCAGCAGUCACGAGAGUGAUGCCAGCCUCACUAACAGCAUCCUGACGGACUGGUUGGAGGCGAAGUUCAGUGGAGGAGACGAGCAGGUGGACAGUAGUGACCUGGCCCCAGCUGGGGCUCUGCAGACCCUCACCAUCACUAAUGGGCUCAGGGAGCUGGAGCAGAGGACACACAAAGUGCACGUCUGCAUCAAGGUGAGCCGCGGGCCCCUGGGGGAGGAUGCCCAGUGCCAGCUGGAGGAGGGCAAGGAGCUGCUGGGCACCAACGCCCUGCUGAUGCUGCUGCCGCCCACCCUGGGCGCUGGACGUCAGGGGGGGCAGGAGGGAGAGGAGGAGGAGGAAGAUGUGUCCAUGCUCUCAGCCCUGCUCCAGCUCAAGCAGGUGCAGCAGGCCAGCAGCUGGCACGCCCCCAUGCCCCUGGCUGUGGUGGUGCCCGGGCAUCUGGAUGAAGCCGUUAGCGACCAGAAGCUGGAGGAAGACCUCAUGCUGAAGGCAUUAGUGGAUGAUGGAGUCAUCUCGGAGUAUAUAUUCAUUCGCAUCCCAGAAACCACCAAUGACAUGCAGGGAACUGAGCAGGUCAGCCAGGCGGUGACGUGGUUGGUGUCCCACUCCUCGGCCGCCUCCCCGCUCACCUCUCAGACGCUGGUGGACUUUGUGGAGGCGGGCCUGUGCCACGAGUUCAGCUCCAGGCUCUACCGGGACAAGCAGGAUCGGGCGCGGGCGGGGCUGCCCUGCCAGGACCCGGCCCCCGUCAUCGAGCUCUACAACAGCGUGCUGGUCUUCCUGGCCGGCCUGGUCUCCGCGGACCAGCUGUCCAGUCUGUCCUGGCCCCCCGCCGAGUUCUCUCUGCCGGAGACCCGAGACCUGCUGCCCCACCUGGACUGGAACAGCCCAGCACACCUGGCCUGGCUGAAGAGGGCCAUCCUCAGCCUGCAGCUCCCCGAGUGGGACCUGCCCCCAGUGACUGCCUCCUGGCCUCGCCUGUGCUCCUCCAUCUUCCAGUACGUGUCUCAGAUCCCCUCCUCCCGCCACAGCCAGCCCCUGCUCAUGUCCCGGCUGGAGAACCUCUUGGUGCGGGUGCGCUCCCAGAGCCCCGGGGAAGAGGAGGAGGACGAGGAGGAUCUGAAGGCGGGCCCCUCCUUCCAACACGUGCCCUGGGACGAGAUCAUCGCUCUCUGCAUUGACCACCGGCUGAAAGACUGGCGACCCCCAGAAUGCCCCGUGGCAGAAGAUGCCAUAACGGCUGAUGGCCAGAUCCUGGUGUACUUCCAGAGGGAGGGCCUGAGUCACUUUGCGCCUCCGGACAGCUGGGGGGCGGCUGUGAAGCGCACACACCAGGAGAAGCAGCAGGAGUUGCACCAGUCCAAAGCCAGCUCCAGACAGAGCUUCGCCCCUCCGGUGCACGUGCUGAGACAGCAGCUGUUCCAGAGUGUGAUGGAGGUGCAGGAGACGCCCCCUGAGCUGGACCUCACGCACACGCCCUCCGCCCGGGACCUGCUGCCCCAGCGCCUGCUGUCCGGCAUCGAGCAGGAGAAGGCCCACAGCCAGAGGUUUGAGGAGCAGCUGAGGCGCUGGCUGGACGGGGACUCGCUGGACACGCCCUCGCUGCCCCUGUUCGUCCCCUCCACCCUGCUGACGCUGCCGGAGCUCAUGACCCACACCAGGGGACCCCCCGCAGCCACCGCCACGGCCCUGUCUGCCUCACUCACACAGGCGCCUGACGCUGAUGAUCCAGAGAAGUCUGGUGGUGACCGGCUCAAGAGACUGUCCAUCGCUCAACGCAUUCAGGAUCUGAAUCGGACGAUCGCCGCCAGUCGAGAGGAGGAACUUGCCUUUGGACUUACCCUCAGUAGCCUCUUGGACAUUGUGGAGGACUGAGGAGAGACUUAAACCUAUUUCCUUCACUGUUUACAAAUGAUACCUUGGAAACGCCUUGAUAGCACAUUGAAUGAGGUUCAUUCUUACUUCAGUUGUAUAUUCAGUUUGAUCAAUGUUACCAAAAUAGAACUUCUUAAGUUUUUACUAUUACAGUUUUGUUUGUUUGUUUGUUUGUUUUAGCAGAUGUUGCUUUUCAUCAUCAUGAGAGUUUGAAUGAUUAGAAGCUCCUGGAUGGGGGUUGAAUGAUAUUUUAAAUAUACUUUGCGUUCAGAAGUCGUGUGAAAAUCGUCAAAUUGCUUUCAAUGUGUUCAUUUGUUUCAUUUCUUUGUAUGUAAGUGUUUUUGUCAGCGAAAUAAAGAGUAUUUUUUAGUAUAA